AACUCCGCUGACUGAAACCUUGGUCUGUGCGCUGGUGCAGAAAUGAGAAAAAUACAUGCUUUCCAGUCAUGUAGCAAAAUUUUUAUUUCCCGCACGUCAAGUGCAUCACGCUCUCUCGCUAGCCAAAGGUUUAUGGCCUCCACGGCUUUCAGUAGACCGUACACCGUAUCUUCUGCGGGUCGAGAUUUUACCUCCUUCUUUUGCCACAAUCAACUGUGGUCCGCUCGCAGUGAUGGGCUAAAGCCUUCUGAUAUGACUCGCGUCCGGGGCAUUGCACAUGCAGUUGCAGAACCAGAUGCAAUUCACGUCACCCCCGCAGGCUUCAAAGAAGUUGAAGUACUCACCCCGAGACGCCUACUGAGGAUUUACGCGCAGCUUGCCAAGUCACGCCUGACUAUCUUGGUCGUAUUGACCGCAAUGUCAGGAGUAGCUCUCUCACCACUUCCUGCGACAGUCCCAAUUCUCCUCUCCACAGCUGUUGGCACGGCCCUCUGUUCAGCCUCGGCAAAUACUUUGAAUCAACUUCAAGAAAUACCUUAUGAUGCUCAAAUGGCUCGCACCCGCCAAAGACCGUUGGUUCGCAGAGCCAUUUCCCCUUUGCACGCUGCAGGAUUUGCCGCUGUGACAGGAGUAGCAGGUCCUGCAGUACUGUGGUUCAUGGCGAGCCCAAUUACAGCAUGUCUAGGCGCAGCCAACAUUGUACUUUAUGCAGCGGCAUACACUUGGUUAAAACGUAAAAGCGUCUCCAAUACCUGGGUGGGCGCAGUCGUUGGUGGUAUCCCGCCGGUCAUGGGUUGGACGGCCUGUGGUGGAAAAAUUCUCCCAUCUGCAGAUUACCCAAUUCACCUUUUCCUUCCUUCGUACUUCACAGAGGCACCACUAGACACGUCCAUGAUUGAUAACCCCCUUGGCGCGUUCGCAUUAUUCAUGCUUCUGUACAGUUGGCAAUUCCCUCAUUUCAACUCAUUGUCGCAUUUUAUUCGAGGUUCCUACGCUCAAGCAGGCUACAAGAUGCUGUGCGUGCUAAACCCACAACAGAAUGCUCUCGUGGCUCUGCGCCACUCCUUACUCCUUGUCCCUAUUUGUUCUAUCUUAUUCCCACUGUCAGGAUUGACUACGUGGGCCUUUGCUAUCACAAGCUUAGUCCCGAACGCAAUUUGCGUUCGUGGUUCUUGGGCCUGGUGGCGGCGUUGUGGAGAAAAGGAAGCAAGGAUAUCAUUUCAAAACUACCUGUGGUAUCUACCGGUGAUGCUGGCCCUGAUGAUGGUUCACAAGCAAGGGCUAGAAUGGAGACGUUGGGUAGGGAUGCAAGAUAAGGUACCGUCGGACGGAGCAGAUAUACCAAAGCCAAAAGUAUAAACUGUCCAAUUAAUCUUGACAUAUUAUGCCUAUAGCCACU